GCCAAAGGUUCCCCGGCCCUUGUCGGCCUCCGACCCCUGCUCAAUGGCUGCUGAUUUGGUGAUCGACCCGAAGGACCUCAUUGUUGGCGACAAGGAGCUCGGUCAGCACACUCACCUCCACAGGGAGUCCCCGGGCUUUGGAUGCCGUGUGUAUGUGUGUUUUAUCCUGUUCCCUAUAGGGAGUGGUGGAUUCGGAGUGGUCUUGCGAGGAGAGCUGCGAGGGCGGCCCGCGGCGGUCAAAAUCUACAAAGGACAUGAAGAGCUCGACCGAGAGGUGCUGCUCGGGAGUCGGGAAGAGGCCUCCCCCUCUCCCCUGUGUCUGUUGUUUCCGUGUGUGUGUGCAGUCGCAGUUCAUGGAGGUGCUCAAGGAAGCGUUGCCAAUGAUCCAGCUGCGACACCCCAACAUAGUACAGCUGUUGGGCAUAUGCAGAGACGACAAGCACGGUCUCAUGAUCGUCAUAGGUAGCCAGCUGCUAGUCUAUGAUUCUUUUCGUCCAUCCGCCUUGUCCUUUCUUGUGUCUGCUCGCCAUUUUCAUCAGAGUUGUGCGAGGGAGGCUCUCUUACAUCCUAUCUGGCCAAAUACGGGCCCCCACCGCCCGAUGUGCGCGACAGAUUUGCCAAACAGGUCGAUGGCAGCGUACAUAGCUUACAUGCAGAGUCUCUAAUGUCUCCAUCAUCUGUAUCUCCGCCUGUCUAUGUGUGUGUUUCGCUCACAGAUAUGUGAGGGUGUGCAGUAUUUGCAUGACAACCAAGUCGUCCACAGAGACUUGAAACCCGAAAACAUACUGGUCGGUCACGAUAGAGACCCUCCCAUGAGAGGGUUUCAGAACUCUUGUUGUUGUCCCGCUUGUGCUGUCAGCUGGACGAAGGCCACAACAUCAAGAUUUCUGACUUUGGGAUGAUUCGCAGCUCUGAUAGAAAAACAACGCUGACUGCAGGUAGUCACACGCAGAUAGAUCUUUCACAGUGCGGCUCACGAGAGCAGAAAUGACUCAUGUACUGCAGUUGGCGGGACUCCCAACUUUAUGCCUCCCGAGGGCUUCGACGUAGGCUGUAAGCAAAGCGAGUCAAUGCUACUGGAAGGCCUUAUUGUUCUGUUUUUCAGUGGACAAGCUGACCGUCAAGGCGGACAUAUGGGCGUUGUGCGGCA